CCUCGCGGCUCACCGCGGUUUUAUUAACGUUAACGGUAUAAAAAAUACUGCUUCUGUUUGUAGCUGUGCUAAAUUAGCUGAGUGCUAGCAGGCUAACGCUGUGCUCUGAUGGAAACAGAAGCGUCAGAUUCUCAUGAUGUCGAGCGGGCUCAGAGGUUCUGGGCUGAGCAGGACCUGGAUCUGGUCUUUAGCUCCGUGUCUUCGUACCUGGACCACCUGAAGCGAGUCCUGAAUAAGAACACAGCGACGGACAAAGAGCUGGUUCAGGCGUUGAAGCUGCUCGAGUGUCUGGACCUGUGUCCGUCUGUCCCGGCUCAGGACCUGUGUCCGUCUGUCCCGGCUCGGGACCAGUCUGUGGUCCAGGUGGUCAUCGGCGCAGAUGAGCUGCAACCUGACUCCUCCCACCACAGUCCCUCCCCCCCCCCUGCUGCCUCUAAUGGUGUGAGUGGUCCAGCAGCGCCCCCUGCAGACAGACAGCAGCCGCUGCCUCCGCUGGUCGCCGCCCACACGUGCAGCAAGACCUGCCUGCCCAGUUUACCCAGCAUGCCUCAGUCCACGCCUCCGUUCUGGGGUCAGAACCCUCUGAUGGUGCCGCUGCUCUGUGGCUUCACCAGACUGAGCGCCACGCCGUCUCCUCGCAGUGGAGGGGCGGAGCCUACGCUUCCGGAAGAUGUUGUUUACCGAGCGCCGUGUGGAAAGAGCCUCUGUAACCAUGACGACGUGAUGCAGUUCCUGUUGGGGACGGAAACAUACGACGUCCUGCAGGUGGACUUCUUCACCUUUAACCCCACGGUGCAGUUGGACCCGCCCACGCCAGCGGGCCCGCGGCGUCCGGAGCUGGACCUGAGCCGCGGCACGGAGCCGACGCCAGUGGAGCUGUGCCCGGGCGACGACGGCGCUCUGCCCGCCGACUUCCGUUACCGUAGAGACCGCUGGCCUCACGGCUGCUUCCUGAGCCGAGGCCCCCUGCUGUUCAACGCCUGCUGCGACUGCACCGACGGCUGUGGCGACGCACGCCGCUGCGCCUGCGCCGCACUGACCAGAGGAGGGCGCCACUACGCCCACCACAGGCUGACCCAGCCCGUCCCCUCAGGUGUGUAUGAAUGUGGUCCGUGGUGCGGUUGCAACCGCGCUCGUUGUCAGAACCGUGUGGUCCAGCGUGGAAUCCGAGUCCGCCUCCAGGUUUUCCAGACUGUGGAUCGUGGCUGGGGAGUGCGUUGCCGUGACGACCUGGAGCGUGGCACCUUUGUGUGUAUCUACGCAGGUUUGAUCCUGCAGCGCGUGGCGGCGCCCGCCGAGCCCCCGCCCCCCAAACUGGUGCGCUGCGACCUGCCGUCAGACGACGAGGUGGAGGUCGUCACCGAGUGGCUGGCUCCACCCGUCCUGGAGGCCCGGAGCAACCUGGUCGAGACCCCGCCCACCUCGCCACCCCUGCACGUCCCGGUGAUCCAGAGGCCGAGCGACGCCGGCGCACAGACGCUGGGACCUGCUGCACCAGCGCCACCUUCAGGUCACAUCAGCACUAACAUGGCGGACGGAGGUGACAGAAGUGACCCGUGGAAGCGCGGCGUGAAGCGAGUGGCGGCGCCGGACCACGUUUACUUUCUGGACGCCAGCAGAGAAGGAAACGUGAGCCGCUUCUUCAACCACAGCUGUCAAUCAAACCUCUUCAUCCAGAACGUGUUCAUCGACUGCCAUGACCCCGCCUUCCCUGUCCCCGCCUUCUUCACCAGCAGCGUGGUGAAAGCCGGUUCUGAGUUAACGUGGAACUACUGUGACGACGCUUUAACGUCCUCGCUGCAGAAACAGGAAGUGGCGUGUCUGUGCGGCAGUGACGGUUGCCGGGGCAACUUUAUCAUCGAGGACAACCUGUGUGACAUGUGCGAGGUCAAAGGUCAUGGAGCCACUGAUUAAACCAGGUGCAGACAUCUUCUACUGUUACUCUGCUGCUCUUUUUCUAAAUAAAUCACUUUUUUAACGAAUAAAGAAAUCAAUUGGACUCUUAUUUUGAAAGGUUAAUUUAAGUGGUGGUGUUGUGGUUUUUUUCCAUUCAUUUUUUGUUUUUUUGGCAGAAGAAAGCCUAGUAUCAUAAAACUUUUACUUUGAAAAGCUGUAUGUGAGGUUUCCCAAGAUGACUUCCUGUUGGGAGUAUUACUGUUGCCAUUAGAACAGAUGCAACUUCCUGUUGGACAAUGACUUUUGUUUUGAAAUGUUUCACAAAAUAACUUCCUGUUGGAGUUUUUUUUUUCUUGUUUAUUGAUGACGAUUGAGCUUUUAUUUUGUAAUUCUGUAACUGCUUAAAACUAAAAUAACUUCCUGUUGAGGGUUUCGCA